AUGGCGACUAUUCUGCUGGGGCAUAUACACGGAAGGAAAUCGGACAUGAAACGAAUCGACCAGGUUACCGUCGCGACCGUUACUGAAGUUAAAUUGUUAAUUAAUUCAACUCUGGAUAGUCUGUCGUUCAUUUUUUUUUUUUAUAUCAUCUACAUACAUUUGAGGACCCGGUCUCAAUAAUCUUUAGGGAAAAUGUUUCGUCACCAAUUAUUGUAAAUGGUGAUUUUUCAAUAGUUCCCGGUAAUGGUUUUCCAUCAGGAAUAUUACGUUCGUUUCGUUCAAGAGCUUUUACUAAAUUAGAAUUUGAAAAAAUACCUACGUCACUGUUUUUUACAUAAGUUCCACUAUCUACAGCAAUAUGUAUGGUGUGCGUCAAUUAAUUAAAACUAUAGAAAAUGUUUUUUUUUUUUAAAUUACAGUACACAGAUCCGCUAUUGGGAGAUGCUGCUAUAACAACACGUUUCCCAUCUAAGACGCCUAUACAAUUUGGGAAAUUUGAAAUUUUCCGAAAAUCAUCAGCUAAAUGUUACCAAUUUUCUUUUUUUGGUUGUGGUAUGUAUUGUUUUGUUAAAUUUUUUAUGGUUGCUGUGCAUACUUGUCGAAAAUCGGAAUUUUUAAAUAACAUUUAUUUCAUAUUCUACAUGAAUAUAUAUUGCACACAGUAUACAGAUUGCAAUGAAUGAAAUCUCUACGCUCGGAAUCUAAAAAAUGACUUGUGCCAUGAGAAACAAGACAUACAAUGAAACAAAAUAGGUUCGUCAUUUUUCGAUUAAAACACUUUUCCUAAUAAUAAACGUUUUCCGUAUUAAUGUAAAAUAAUGAUACAAUUCCAUAUUCUAUACGCUUGACCGUAUUCUAUUAAAUAAACAUAAUUAUCAACACGAUUUCAAUAUUAUCUUUAAUAUAGCCUAUAUAAAUAAUUUUAAUUUAAAUGCUAUUCAAAAAAUUCAUAAUCGCAUCAAUCACGUAAUCAUAUUAGUAUCAGUACGUUAAGUAAUCGAGGAGGUGUCCGCAGGGGGCACAGGAAAGGGUCAUAGUUCCCACUAUUACUUGCUGAUGAUUGUGUAGCAGUGGUCGGCAACUGGCGGACCGCGGAAGACAAAACUCUUGACCCCGUCAACGCGCAUUGUACUUGAUUAUGUUAUUUACUGUAAUAGUACCUACUAUUUAUUAUUAUAUUAUUUUAUUACUUUUAUUAAUGGAGAACAUAUAUGUCAUUUCAUUUAUCAAACUCGGGUUAUAGUUAUAUCAUAAUUCAUUGCAAAUAUUUUAUCGGGCAGGUAAUAAUCAGUUAUGUCACGAUUUUAUCGGCCGGCGGCUUGGUCUCGGAAAAUACCAAAUAUACCUAACCGACGACGGUAAAUUACAUUAAUUGCUUAUCGUUGCCAUCCAUUGAAAUGGUAAUCAUUUUGAUUAUGUUCGUGUACAUUCGCCUGUGGAUACAGUGCGUGUUUCGUUUUAUAUUUCUUCAUGUUCAGUAAAAAAACGUAAAAUUGACAGCGAAAAUAGGAAAUUUUUGAAUGAAUGGACAGUAUAUUGUUUGACUAUAUUGUUUUGUAUUAUAGAUUUGGAGCCAUUCCAGUCUGCUGAAUUUGCAAUUCAACUGUCGCUAUUGUUAAAAAUGCAUUAUGAAACUACUCAUAAAGAUUUUCAUACAGAAUUUCCUCCAGGUAGUGAAGUACGUAAAAAUAAGCUCCAUGCAUGUAUGUUAUCUUAAAAAAAUAUUACGACUACACUUAUACGGUGUAUGAGUGAACAAGAAAAAUCAACUGAAGCAGUGUUGCGUGUGUGCUGGGUUCUUAAUAAGCACCAAAAACCGUUUUCCGAUUCCGAAAUAGUAAAAGAGUGUUUGUUGGAAAUGGCCACUGCACUAUUUGAAGAAAAUAAAAAAAUUGUUACCUCUAUUCAAGAUAUUCCUUUGUCGGCCAGGAGUAACACAAGGACAGACAUUUUGGCAGCUGAAAACAAAAAAAAAGCUUGUUUGAACUUUUACAGAUGUCACCGUGCUACGGCAUUGCACAUGAUGAAUCUUGUGACCUAAUUGAUUCUGAACAAAUGUCAAUUUUUGUGAGAUUCUUUGACAUUGAAAAUAAAGUCUUUAGAGAAGAGUUACUAACAGUAUUAACAUUUAAAGGUAAGACUCGUGGAGAAGAUUUAUUAAGGAGUUUUGAUGACAUCAUGACAAAAUCGGAUUUGAAUUAUGAUAAAAUUGUGUCAAUUUCCACCAAUGGAGCUCCAGCAAUUUUUAAUAUAAUAUAA